AUGGGAAAGAAGCGGGUUCUUGUGAGCUGGGGAGUUGACGUUGAUGCUGUUGCUGGAUGGUUGGGAUCGUACGGGGGCGGGGAUUCAACAAGCGACAUCAGUCGAGGCAUCUUCGCCGCCACUGUUGGAACUCAGCGUAUGUUGAAGAUGUUUGACAAAUACAACAUCAAAGCAACAUGGUUCAUUCCAGGUCACACUCUUGAUUCUUUUCCAACGGAGAUGGCGGCGGUGCGAGACGCUGGUCAUGAGAUUGGCCUGCACGGCUACUCACAUGAGAACCCAGCAGACAUGACACUGGAUCAACAACGAGUUAUCCUGGACAAGACUUAUAGACAGCUCACCGAUUUUUGCGGCAAACCGCCCAAGGGUAGCGUUGCGCCAUGGUGGGAAGCCAGUGCCGAGGGAGCACAGCUUCUGUUAGAUUACGGAAUUGAAUAUGAUCACAGCCUCAGCCAUCAUGACUGCCAGGCGUACUAUCUUCGAACCGGAGACUCAUGGACCAAAAUCGAUUAUAAAAAACAUCCAAAUGAGUGGAUGAAGCCGUUGGUCAAUGGCAAAGAAACUGGGCUUGUGGAAAUUCCCGCCAAUUGCCAUGGAUAUGUAAAUCCGCGAGACGUUGAGGAUAUCUGGAGAGACACAUUCGAUUAUUGCUACAGAGAGUAUGACGAGUUUAUUUUCCCAAUUACUUGCCACCCUGAUGUCUCGGGCCGACCGCAGGUCAUCUUGAUGCACGAACGACUUAUCGAACAUUUCAUGAAGCAUGAAGGAGUCGAAUUCGUGACCAUGGGUUACAUUUCUGACGACUUCAAGAAGCGAAACUCUCCGGCGGCUGGCGCUGCAAUGCCGGCCCCAGCGGGAUCCAUGCUACAACAAAAACCUAUACAAUAG